GACCAAGAUGGCGUCCUCCGUUCGGGCGGAAUGAGGGGCCGCCGACCGGGAUUUCGAGGCGGCCGUACCGGCACCGGUACCUCCUCGUCCGAAUAGACUGCGUCCCGCUGUCAGCUUUCACCACCCCCCUCCCCCCCCCUCCCUUCCCCCUCCCCUGCUCUCUCCAACCCCCCCCCCCCUUCCCCGCGGGCGGAGGGGGUUUGGGGGGGGGGGAAGGGGGAGAGGUGUCAGACUCUGGUUAUACUGAGUGGAGCCGGGCCGCAGCAUGGCUGGAGCCAGCCUCCUGGAGGACCUGCUGGAGGAGGAGCAGGGCGACAUGACCGACUGGAACCUCCCGGUGGCUUUCGUAAAGAAGCGGCACUCGGAGAAAAUCGAGGGAUCCAAGGCGGUCACCCAGAGCUGGCGUAUGAAAGACCGGAUGAAAACUGUCAGUGUUGCCUUAGUUCUGUGCCUGAAUGUUGGUGUGGACCCCCCAGAUGUGGUGAAAACUACUCCCUGUGCUCGUUUGGAGUGUUGGAUAGAUCCACUGUCCAUGAGCCCACAAAAAGCAUUGGAAAGUAUUGGUGCGAAUUUACAGAAGCAGUAUGAAAAUUGGCAACCAAGGGCCAGAUAUAAGCAAAGCCUGGAUCCAACAGUGGAUGAAGUUAAAAAACUUUGCACGUCCCUGAGACGCAAUGCUAAAGAAGAGCGUGUGCUUUUCCAUUACAAUGGACAUGGAGUGCCAAGACCGACAGUGAAUGGCGAAAUCUGGGUGUUCAAUAAGAAUUAUACCCAAUAUAUUCCUCUUUCUAUAUAUGAUCUUCAGACUUGGAUGGGAAGCCCCUCAAUAUUUGUGUAUGACUGCUCGAAUGCUGGAAUCAUAGUGAAGUCAUUUAAGCAGUUUGCAUUGCAGAGGGAACAGGAGUUGGAGGUUGCAGCUAUCAAUCCAAAUCAUCCACUUGCACAGAUGCCUUUGCCACCAUCAAUGAAGAACUGUAUCCAGCUGGCUGCCUGUGAGGCCACUGAACUUCUGCCCAUGAAUCCGGAUUUACCAGCAGAUCUUUUCACUUCCUGCCUUACUACACCUAUCAAAAUAGCAUUGCGCUGGUUCUGUAUGCAAAGGAGUGCCAAACUGGUGCCUGGAGUUACACUGGACUUGAUAGAAAAAAUUCCAGGAAGACUUAAUGACAGGCGAACUCCCCUUGGAGAACUCAAUUGGAUUUUUACAGCCAUAACGGACACCAUAGCUUGGAAUGUAUUACCAAGAGAUCUCUUCCAAAAAUUAUUUAGGCAAGACUUGUUGGUUGCCAGUUUAUUCCGGAACUUUCUCUUGGCUGAAAGGAUCAUGAGGUCAUAUAACUGUACCCCUGUCAGUAGUCCUCGGCUGCCCCCAACAUACAUGCAUGCUAUGUGGCAAGCUUGGGACCUCGCAGUGGAUAUUUGCCUUUCGCAACUUCCUACCAUCAUUGAAGAGGGAACAGCUUUUCGGCAUAGCCCAUUCUUUGCUGAGCAGCUAACAGCGUUUCAGGUCUGGCUGACAAUGGGUGUUGAGAACAGGAAUCCUCCAGAACAGUUGCCAAUCGUCUUGCAGGUGCUGCUUAGCCAGGUCCACCGUCUGCGAGCACUGGAUUUGUUGGGAAGAUUUUUAGAUUUGGGUCCCUGGGCCGUGAGUCUAGCAUUAUCUGUUGGUAUUUUCCCAUAUGUUUUGAAACUGCUUCAGAGUUCAGCUCGAGAGUUAAGGCCCCUCCUGGUUUUCAUUUGGGCAAAGAUCUUGGCUGUAGAUAGUUCUUGCCAGGCUGACUUGGUGAAGGACAAUGGUCACAAAUAUUUCCUUUCUGUUUUGGCAGACCCAUACAUGCCAGCUGAGCACCGAACGAUGGCUGCCUUUAUUUUAGCUGUCAUUGUUAAUAAUUAUAAUACAGGACAGGAAGCUUGUUUACAGGGAAAUCUAAUAGCGAUCUGCUUGGAACAACUGAAUGAUCCCCAUCCUUUACUGCGGCAGUGGGUGGCUAUUUGUUUGGGGCGUAUCUGGCAGAACUUUGAUGCCGCUCGCUGGUGUGGUGUAAGAGACAUUGCACAUGAGAAAUUGUACAUUCUUCUCUCAGAUCCGAUACCAGAGGUGCGUUGCUCUGCUGUCUUUUCCUUGGGCACAUUCGUUGGGAACUCAGCAGAGAGAACUGACCAUUCCACCACUAUUGAUCACAAUGUAGCAAUGAUGCUGGCCCAACUCAUAAAUGAUGGAAGCCCUGUUGUUAGAAAGGAAUUGGUUGUGGCUUUCAGUCAUCUUGUCAUUCAGUAUGAAAGUAAUUUCUGCACCGUGGCUUUGCAGUUCAUGGAAGAAGAAAAGAACUACCCACUUCCCUCCCCUGCUAGUGUGAUAGAACCUGGAAAUUUCACACCAGUGCGUGAUGGGCCAGCAACUCCAAGGCUUCGUUCAGUGAGUUCCUAUGGGAAUAUCCGUGCUGCUACUUCGGUGCGGAACUUGAAUAAAUCUCUUCAGAAUCUUAAUUUAAAUGAAGAAACCGGUGGUUCAAACCCAUUCUCUCCUGGCUAUCUAAGCACCAGCAGUAGUGCCAGUAGUACCCUGGGAAGCCCUGACAAUGAUGAGUACAUCCUUUCUUUUGAAACCAUAGAUAAAAUGAGGAGAGUCAGUUCCUACAGCUCCUUGAACUCAUUAAUAGGUGUAUCAUUCAACAGCGUCUACACCCAAAUUUGGCGUGUUUUGCUUCAUCUGGCAGCGGAUCCUUUCCCAGAAGUCUCAGACCUCGCUAUGAAGGUGCUCAACAACACAGCUUACAAGGCUACAGUUAAUGCCCGACCACAACGUAUUCUAGAUUCCACAAACCUCACGCAGUCUGCACCAGCCAGUCCUACCAGUAAAGGAACACACAUUCAUCAAGUUGGUUUAAAGAACCUUUCUGAAGGGGUAGAGAGCACACCCAUGUCAAUCCUUGGAAGGAUAGAGAGAUGCAUUCCAAAGUACCUUGCCAUAUCUCUUAAUCUGUUGGAAUAUAUUCCAGAGGAGCAUGAUGUUGAAAGCCUGGUUCGGAAGGAACGCGAAUGGAGAUUUCUACGUAAUGGACGUGUUAGAAAACGAGCUGGUUGGAUUAUAGAGAAAGGUAUCACAAGAUUAGAUGACCAGAUCUUUAUAAACAGAAACCCAGGUGUCCCUUCUGUGGUGAAGUUUCAUCCUUUUACUCCAUGUAUAGCAGUGGCUGACAAAGACAGUAUAUGCUUUUGGGAUUGGGAGAAAGGAGAAAAACUUGACUAUUUCCACAAUGGGAAUCCCCGAUACACCCGGAUCACUGCAAUGGAAUAUCUGAAUGGACAGGAUUUCUCUCUGCUCCUCUCUGCCACAGAUGAUGGCGCCAUCCGGGUUUGGAAGAACUUCGCAGAUUUGGAAAAGAAUCCAGAGAUGGUGACUGCGUGGCAAGGGUUAUCUGACAUGCUCCCGACCACCAGAGGUGCUGGCAUGGUUGUAGACUGGGAACAGGAGACUGGUCUCUUAAUGACUUCAGGAGAUGUUCGCAUUAUUCGUAUCUGGGACACAGACCGAGAGACAAAAGUACAGGAUAUUCCAACUGGGGCAGACAGUUGUGUGACCAGUCUUUCCUGUGAUUCUACUCGUUCCCUAAUUGUUGGUGGCCUUGGAGAUGGCUCAGUCCGCAUCUACGAUAGGAGAAUGGCUCCGAGUGAAUGCCGUGUAAUGACUUACAGGGAGCAUGCUGCAUGGGUGGUAAAAACCUAUCUACAGAAGUCUCCUGAAGGCAAUAUCAUCACUGUGAGUGUAAAUGGAGAUGUGCGAUUUUUUGAUCCACGGAUGCCUGAAUCAGUGAAUGUAAUUCAGACUGUAAAAGGAUUGACGGCUCUGGACUUUCAUCCACAAGCAAAUCUGUUUGCUUGUGGCUCCAUGAACCAGUUCAUAGCUGUAUAUAAUGCAAGUGGGGAUGUGAUAAGCAAUAUUAAAUACUAUGAUGGAUUUAUGGGGCAGAGGAUUGGAGCCAUUAGCUGCUUGGCUUUCCACCCGUAUUGGCCUCACUUAGCCGUUGGAAGCAACGACUACUACAUGUCUAUAUAUUCAGCAGAGAAACGAAUUAGAUAACAAUGAAUCACACAGCCUUGCUUGUCCACUUUACGGAACUUGUGAUCGAUGCAGAUGCUGUAUAUUACUUCUAAUGUACAUAUAAAAUUAUUUACUUGAACGUCUGGUGACAGCUGCUGCAAGACAUGACUUGAACAACUUUCUCAUUAAAUAUUUCAGCUACUGUAGGACAAUUCACUGCAAUGGUCACGGUAUGUCUUGUUGUAAGAACAUGGCUGCCAAGCUUUUUUUUCCAAGACUUGUCUAGACCUUAAAUUUUGUUUAUUUUUAUUUUUGUUUCUUUUGUGAAUUAGAUUUUAGCAUUCAAAUUAAUAUAAUUUACCCAGUCAUGACUGCCCGAGGAUGUUGUAACAACUGUGCAUAAAUUAUAAAUCCUAUCAGCUCCCUUGGUAGGCAAGUCUUUUGAAAAAGACGAAUAAAACCUUGGCUCACCAACCAUAUUAAAAUGCUAGUACCUACUCUGGUAGACUAUUAAAAAGCUCACAUCUUUAAUGUGUGGUGGUAUCUUUGUGAGCAUUAUUUUAUCCAUAAAUUGUAGCAGUUCCACACAAAAAAAUCAUGAUAUUCUGAAACAUUGUACAGACUUCUCUAUGAUUUGUUUUACUUUUUCCCUUUUUUUGUGAUUUAAUUUUACAAAAUAAUUGCUAAUUGUAAUAGGAAACUCAAAUCAAAUCGCACAAAUAACCAAUGAUGGAAAAGGAGACCUGAGCAGAACCUGAGUGAUACUCUCUCAUCUGUUGAAUGUAAAUAAAACCAUUUAAAGGAAGUGGAAACUCGCCUGUGAAUGUUACUCUAGCGAUAAUUCAUGCACCCAGUCUUUGGACUGAUAAGAAGACUGAACAUUGAGACUAGUGUGAUAUUGUUGUUUGUUUGUCUUUAUAUUUUAAUGUAAAGCUGAUGCAGCGUGCAUAUUAUGAUCUGACAUUUAUAAAGCUAUGUAGUGGAAUAUUGUUUUAUUAUGUGCAUUAUUGAUUUGAAACAAAUUCAGCAUUGACUUUUUUAAAAACUAGGCAGUUGUAAUAUUAACACUAGAUAAGCAGUUGAUCACAAUCAAACUCAGCUCAUAUUUAAGUAAAAUAUUAAUUUUUAUGCUUUUUACAAUGCAGAAGAAAUAUUGGUUCUCAAGUUGCCCCCACAGUUUUAUCUUGGUUUUUGCUGCGUAAGUUGAGAGCAAUUUUGAGAAAAAAAAUACAUAGAAUUCACUACUUCACAUGUCCAUUGAGUGAAAGUUAAGGAGAGUGAAGGAUGCCUUUUUGAUUGCAAUCUGUUUGUAUAGUUUCAGAUACCUUUGCAUGGAAAUACGAUUUAGAGUCUAAACCACGCCUUGUGUAUUAUAAGCUGGUGUUUCUCAGCUGAACUACUGAAUUGAAAUUGGUUUGACGUGGGGGUUUUUUCAACAGAAACCAAAGCUUUAUUAUAGUGGCAUGCUUUCAAGUUACUCAUAUGAAUCCAGAAACACAUCUAUAUUAUCAUUUCAGAAAUUAAAGACUCAAUAGUUGGAAAAAGCUUUUUGUUUAAAUCAUAUCUGGCUUCAUUCUGAUGCUGUUAAAAUACAUACCGAGUUUAAUCCAGUAAUUGUUUCCUGACAUAAAAAGUCAGCACAGUUAAAAUUUUUGGCAUUGACAACUAUCUGAAAUAAGAUAACUGUGUGUUGCAAAAUAUACUGGAAUCCAAAACGCAUUCAUCAAAUUUGAUUCUUUGCUCUGAAACAAUGUGGAAAAUCUUUAGUUUCACUCAAAUGUAUUCUAUCACCUUUUUACAGUGAAAGCACAAAAUUAUAAAUGAAAAUAAAUUGGGUAGAUGUAAAAGGAAAAUAAGCCUGCAUAGAUUGAAUAUCCAUAUACGUGCUGUAUCUAUGCAAAUGAUUUGGAGUUGACUCAAGUAUUUUUCUCCCUGGAAUCUACUGACCUUUCAUUCAAGCUAAAAUGGAAUGCCUCAGACUGAACGUUAUUUAGCAACCAGAAACUACUCAUUGAAUAAUUUAGCUAUUUUAUUUGUAGCAAUCUUGUCCACAGCGUGUGCUACAAAUUAGAGCACAGUGCUUAGGAGCAUUCAAGGUUUCAGUCUUUGUGCAUAGUGUAGAACCUUGGGGAGGACCUGAUAUUUAAAGGUAUGUUCCCAUUCACUUUUACAUUGCUCAGUUUGCAACUAAUUGAUUUUGGAUUAUCAGUAAACAAGACAGCAACUACAAAUCAGCAUUUUCUAGCCUUUUGACCUGUGGGAUUAUAAGCAAGAUAAAUUAGCAAGGAAAAAAGAUUAUUGCAAAUAGGAGCUCCUUUAUCUUGACAUUUGUAAGCUGGAUUUCAAAUCUUUAGCCCCACAGAUCUUUCACAGGCCAUAGUUUAAACAUCCCUGGUUGGUGCCAAAUGCAUUUUGAUUGCAGAUUCUUUGGCAUUUAUUAGGUUUCUGCCUCUAAAGACCCUGUGUUGAGAAGUUGUUGAAGUAAUUCUCUUUUAACUGAGGCAGUGACUUAUGUUCAGGCUUUAGAUGACAAUUCAUAUGUUACCUACAGUCUGAUAUAACAAAAUCCUAAGAAGAAAAUAGGACAGGUUGUGACAAAAAUUCAAAAUGUAUAAAACUUCUUAUCCGUUUGGAACUCUUUUUUCAAAUAGUUAUCGUAAUCUAUCACAAUUUAGUGAAGUGUACUGUGAUUCCAGAUGUAUUUCAAAGCGUAAUCUUCAUGACAACUCACUCCACAUAGUUGUGAAAAAUAAUUUUCCACAUGUUCUCUUUUGCAAUUUAGUUUCUUUAAAGAAAAACUCUGGAAAUUACAUUGUGUGGUUCCCAUUGGGUUGAAUUAAUUUUUUCUUUUUAAAUACCUGCCUGCUUUCUGAGAAUGAAUUGUUGUAACCCCAAAUCUUCAAUACUAGGAUGUAGCUGCAAAUAAAUUUUUUAUGUCACCUUCCUUUGGCUUCUUCAAUAUGCUGUUUUUAUUUAUGUAAUUAAAAUCGACUCAAAUAUUCCCAGUCAAGAUUUACUCUGCAUCUUCUACAUUCAAAGGUAUAGUUCCUUAAAUAAUGAAUAAUGUCUUUUAUUUGGCAGUUGAAAUCAAAUAGGCAGCUUUCUAAGAAAUAAUUUUUGAACAAAUUUUGUCAAGAACAUUUGCAUUUUUUCAUAUUUGUUUUUCAAAAAUGCAUAUAUACCCACUACUGAUUUGCAAUAGUUUAGCUUUGUCACUUUUGUGAGAUUUAACAUACAGUAUCAGAGCUGCAUGCUUUCUUGGCAACAGCUGAAUGGUGAAAUGUGGAAUUAACAACCAAAUGGGUUUGAUGUGGGGCACAGAAAUAUAUCAAUCCUUUUACUUUCAAAUAAUUUGCUGAAACCAAGUUAACGUGAAUGUGUCUAUUUGAAAUCCACUAACCUUGGUUUUGUGUAAUCUAUUCUGUUUCUGCUGGGGUGUUCCUUUCAUCCAUUUGUUGUCUAUUUACUGCAUAUGGAUUUCAUAUGCCGGGCAUUAAAUCAUUGAGGGAGGAUAUAUUGAUGUGAUACCUCAUGAGCCACUGUUUUGUAUGUCUGCUUUUUAGAUGAAAGUGCACAAUUAAAACUAUAUUGGUGAAUAAAUCAA